AUGCCUGACCGAGAACGCCUCGUCCGAACCGUCACCGAACUGAUCCGGAUCGACAGCCCCACCGGGGAGGAGGACGCCAUCGACGCCCACCUCUCGGCGCGGCUCAGUGACCUUGGGGCGGCGGUGCAGCACGAUGCCUACGGCAACCUGGUGGCCACGCUGCCCGGCAACAACGGCAGCGCCGGCGAGCCGCCGGUCAUGCUGUCCGCCCACAUGGACACCGUGGAGCCGGGCCGAGGCAUUCAACCCAGCCUGGACGCCAACGGGGACACCCUGCGCUCCGACGGAACCACGAUCCUGGGCGGCGAUUGCAAGGCCGGCCUGGCCAUCGUCCUGGAGGGCAUCACCGCCGCCAUGGAAGACGGCGGCCUGGGGCGUUCGGUGCAGGUCGUGUUCUCCCGCGCCGAAGAAGGCGGCCUGAACGGAGCGCGCAACCUGGAUUUCUCGCUGAUCAACGCUACCAACGGCAUGGUGUUCGACGGCGAAGGUCCGGUGAGCCGCAUCUGUGUCGGCGCGCCGGCGCAGAACGUGGUGCAGUGCCGCAUCACCGGCGUUGCCGCCCAUGCCGGCCUGGAACCGGAAAACGGCGUGUCGGCCCUGCUGGUUGCCGCGAACAUCCUCACCCGCCUGCCGCUGGGUCGCAUUGACCAUGAGACCACCAGCAACAUCGGCGUGCUGGAGGGCGGUCUCAAGCGGAACAUCAUCCCGGAGCAGGCGUUCAUGGACGGCGAACUGCGCUCCCGGGACCAGGCCAAGCUGGAGAACUAUACCUCCGAGUUUCGCCGAGCCUUCGAUCAGGCGGCCGCCAUGUAUCCGCGCGCCCAGAUUGACCUCGACAUCCGGAACCAAUACCAGGCUUAUCGUGUUCUGGAGACCGACCCCGCCUUGAUGGACAUCGCGCGGGCGGUGACCGCCGCCGGAUUGGCUCCGGCGUUGGAAACCACCGGCGGCGGGUCCGACGCCAACGUCUUCUUCGAGCAUGGCAUCGUGGCCCUGCCCGUGGGCAUCGGCGUUCGGGACUUCCACACCACGCGAGAAACCGCCAGCAUCAACGAGAUGUACGACGCUGCCGUGGUGUGCCAGAAAUUCAUCCGCCCCGCCUGA